AUGCUCCAGCUCACGCGAAGCACCUACAAGCGCAGCCUACAGUCGGGAAGAGUACGAACGUACGCUGCCAAGGCACAUACAGGUCGUUAUGAUGUCUGUGUCAUUGGCGGUGGUCAUGCAGGCUGUGAAGCUGCCGCAGGCUCAGCACGCACAGGUGCACGGACCCUUUUACUCACUCAGCGGUUGGACACGAUAGGAGAAUUGUCCUGUAAUCCCUCCAUUGGUGGUGUCGGCAAAGGGACCCUCGUCAGAGAAAUCGAUGCGCUUGAUGGCGUUAUGGGCAGGGUAGCGGACAAGGCUGGGAUACAGUUCCAUAUAUUGAAUCGAUCAAAAGGCGCUGCCGUAUGGGGCCCACGAGCUCAGAUUGACCGCACACUCUAUAAACGGCACAUGAAACACACGCUAUCCAGUUACCCAAACCUCGAUAUAUGGUCCGGAAGCGUUUUCGAUCUUGUCUUUGAUAAAAGCCGUUUCAAUGACGAGUCGGACGCAAAUCAGGAGAGAUGGGGCACGGUCAAUGGCGUUCGUCUAGACUCGGGCGAGGUCAUUGACUGCUCCCGCGUCAUCCUCUGCACGGGCACCUUCCUCUCUGGAGAGAUUCACAUCGGGAUGAAACGCUUCCCCGCUGGGCGUAUGAACGAACAACCUACGCAUGGCCUGUCUGCUUCCCUCAACGCGGCCGGAUUCCAGCUCGGGCGUCUUCAGACUGGCACCCCGGCACGACUUGAUGGCAGCACGAUCAAUUACGAUGGCAUGGAGCGCCAGGAUGGAGAUCGAGAGCCUCAUCCAUUCAGUUUCAUCAAUCGAACGGUCGACAACAAGGAUAACCAAGUGGCAUGUUUCAAAACCUUCACCACGCCGGCCACGCACAAACUCAUCCGGGACAGCAUGCAUGGUAGCGUUCACAUUCAGGAGACCAAGAAGGGCCCAAGAUACUGCCCUUCCCUUGAGGCCAAGGUCACCCGAUUCGCACAGAAGGAGAAUCACACGAUCUGGCUUGAGCCCGAAGGAUAUGAGUCCAACCUCGUUUAUCCCAAUGGCAUCUCAAAUAGCAUGUCAGAGGAGCUGCAAGAGCCUAUGUUGCGCACAAUACCAGGGCUAGAGAAUGUCAAGAUGGUGAAGCCGGCGUAUGGCGUUGAGUAUGACUUCGUAGACCCAAGAGAGUUAACUGCUACUCUUGAGACAAAACGGAUCAAGGGUCUUUUCCUUGCCGGUCAAAUCAACGGCACCACAGGAUACGAAGAAGCAGCAGCUCAGGGAGCUAUAGCGGGCAUAAACGCUGGAUUGGAGGCGCAGCAACGUCCCCCCUUGAUUGUCACCCGUGCCGAUGGAUAUGUGGGCGUGAUGAUUGAUGAUCUGAUCACACGGGGUGCGGAAGAACCCUACCGCAUGUUUACUUCGCGAUCUGAAUACCGUAUGACGCUACGAAGCGACAAUGCAGACGCGCGCCUAACCGAGAAAGGCAGGGUGGCUGGUGUGGUGUCAGACGAGCGAUGGGCGAUCUUCAAUAGAACACGGGACGAGAUGGGGCGGGUUAUGCAGCUCAUGAAGGGGCUAGCCUUGAGUCCUCAAGGGUGGGAGAAACAUGGAUUUGACGUGCGUCGAGACGGGGUCAUGCGAAGCGCUUUUGACAUGCUUCGGUACCCCCAGCUGCGAACAUCUUCCUUUUUCAAAACCAUUCCGGAACUCGCAUCCGUGGACCCAUAUAUUCUCUCUCGUAUAGAUAUCGAUGGUCGCUACUCCUCACACCUUCGUCGGCAAGAAGCGGAUCUACGCGCGUUUAUGGAGGACGAAAGCCUUGAAUUACAACAUGGAAUCAACUACUCUGAAGUUGUUGGCUUGAGCUCCGAAGAGAAGGAGCGGCUAGCCCGUGUUCGACCCCGAAGCCUUGGGGCUGUCAAGCGAAUGGAAGGUAUGACGCCUAAGGGCGUCAUUGCUCUGCUCAGGCAUGCUAAGCGCACCUUCGGACGGGCGCAAGCGGUGCUCCAGCCUGCCGUACUUUAGCUGCAAGUACACUUCUUUCAUGAAGAACACCCGAGGGCUUCCCAUUCCGUAAAUUACAUGAGGACCACUAAUUCACACUUGCUCGUAUUUCACG